AGCAACCAUCAAGCGCUCCACCACCGGAAAAGAAACCGAGCGGGUUAUCCACAUCUCUCGUGUCGUCGUGGCUUAUUCUUCCGCCACCCACCCACCCCACGUCCGCUGCCGAGUAUAGUAAGUAGAGAUGAGAUGCCGCCGCCGUCGAUGGUGCUGCAGCUCCCACGGCUGGGCCGAGUCGCCGGAGUAACGGCGGCACCUGCAUCCAAAGCCGGGCCCCGCAAAUUGAAUUUCCAUGGGUGCCGCAGCAGCCGGCGCUCCUCCUCGUCCAGCAGCAGAAGCAGCAGCUGGUUCUCCUCCAACGCCGAGAAUCCCGGCCCCGACACCAGAGACGAUAACAGGACUAGUAGUAGGAGGUGGUGGUCCGACGACCAAUUCGACGUGGAGGAGGAGGAGGAGGAGGAGGAAUUCGGGAGCGAGGGCUCGUUUGGUUCUGCAAGGGAGAUGUUCGACGAGCCAUGGUUUACCAAGGUGUUCAGGGUGUACGGGUAUGUGCUCCCGGUGCUGCUGGCGUCCAUGCUGGUGACAACAGGGCCACAGGCUUUCCUCAUGGCGAUGGCCAUCCCGCUCGUCCAGUCCGUUCUCUCCUUCGCCAUUUCCAAGAUUGCUUCGUUUGGCCGGCGCCGCCGUGACGAAGAAGAAUAUGACGACGAUGGUUAUUAUUAUUCCGAUUACGGCAGCGGCGGCUGGGAAGCUGAAGAACAAUAUAGCAGCAACUCUUCCUCCACGUACAGAGGAGGAGACAGCAGCACUGGUAGCAGCAGGUACCAGCAGCAGCAACAGGAGGAGUCUGCAGAUUCAGAUCCAACGGUAGAAUCGGGUGAUAUUAACGGUACCACCGGCACAGCAGCUAGAAGUGAAAGUGGUAGUACCGGUUUUGGAGGAUGGGACGAGCUGGAAGAAGGCGGCGACCGCCGCAGCAGCGGCAGGUCGCGUGCACGGGGGUCGCCGGCGGGUACUGCUACCGCUGGUGGUGCAGUGGGAACGAGUAGACCACCGGCAACUAGAAGGAGAAGAAGCAGAGGAGCUGCGGCCGCAAGGUACAGGCAAGCGCCCCUGCCGAUGCGCUUGCUCAUCGCGCUCUUCCCAUUCCUGGGUUCAUGGUUCAGAAUUUUGCUCUAAUUCCAUAAAUUAGGGUCAAUUCCUCCACGAAGAAUAUUUAUCGUUGUUUCUCGUCCAGGUGUAUACCAAUGUGUAUGCAUAACUAGAUCGAUCCUCACGAUCCAGUGUGUGUAUUACCAUUUGAUUUUUGAAACAGAUGUAUUACCAGUAUAAUUUUUUAGAAAGAAUAUGUUCCUGCUAGAAAAA